GGCGCCGGGUUGUGGAAAGAAGGUACCGUUAGACUCGAGAAGAGUGAGCUCGGGGAUAACAGGACGCGGCAUAGUGGACGAUGAGCUGAAGAAGACGGUAUGAGGAAACCUGGACGAGAGAACUUGGGGAUGAUUCUGACGAGAACUGACUUUCCUGAGCCUUACUUAUAGUCGAUGUGCCACUGACUGUGUGGAAGCCCGGUGAUAUUUCUGCUGUGGACGCAGAACGCUUUAGGCAAUGCAUGUGGAUUACUUUGUGGUGGACAUGGCUGGCCAAGUCCAAGCGUUUAAUCCUUCGUCAGGAUUGGCUGUCGUUUGGUGGACGUGAUUACUCAUGUUUUGGGUGGACGUAUAUAUGGCCGAGAAGAGGGGCAAAGCACGUCCAAGAGGCCUAUGAAGAUAUGAAUAUGGUAACGUGGCUCUUACACGAGGCCAACUUUGUAUUUCAGGUGGCCACGAUUAAAAGCGGCUAUCAAGAAAGUUGAUCGAGGGUAGAUUCUGCGGUAACGUGAAAAU